GAUACUAGUCGGGUUCCAGACUGCUGAGCCCCAACGGGAACUCCUGGGGUUCAGCUCUUGUCUCCUUGACUUAGGAGCUAUCUUAUGGUAUCUAUUUUAUCUUUCCAAUCAGCAAAAUGGGACUAUUACUUCCCUUGGGAACAGCUUCAUUGGAGCUGUUGUGAGGACUGUGUAUUAUAACUGCCUCACCGUGCAUUACUAUGUGCCUCCUACAUGCUAAAUGCGUUAUAAAUCUUAUUUCAUUCUCACAAAUCUCAGAGAGAGAGGAUUGUUAUUAUCGCAAUGCUUCAGAUGAAUAAACGGAGGCACCGAGAGGUUAAGCAGCCCGCAAAAUACUGGAAGCCUCCGCGGCAACACGAGCCUGGGAUUGAAAUCCAAGGCGCCACGCCAUCGUCUGAAGGCUGCGCAGCCACCUUCUGGGGAGAUGCCUUUUACGGUAAAAGCGUGUCUGGACCUCGGGAGCCUUCUCGGCCCAUUCUCGUCUCUUUGAGGCCUUGUCGGAAGACCACUCAACAGCGAACUCGGACUUGUCCGGCCUACUGGUGGACCGAGAGAUUACUUGGGGCGCUGGCUCCCGGUGUCCCCUCUCUGGCUGGGGAUGGGGUUUUGCGCUCGGUACCCAGAUCGCCGGGCAUUGUGGGCUCAGCGUUCGGGUCUCCUUGGUAACGCCAACCAGGGGAGGCCGUGCGGCCUUCUUCCCACCCCAGAGGCGGCAGAAAGGACUGGAGCGGCCUUUAGCGUCCCGAGGCCGCCGCCGAGCCGCCCGGCCCGUGGGUUCCUGCAGGCGGGAGAGGCCGGGGCCGGCCUGGCGGACGCGCGGCCGGGGCUGCUGGAGGGGAUGGCGCCCCUGAAGCGGGGCGGCCCGCGGGGCGCCGGGGCCGAGGCGGCGGGGCGGCGCGGGGCCGGUGACGGCGGCUCCUGCUCGGGCUGCUGGUGCUGGAGGCGGCUCUUCCGGCGGAGUGCGGCCCGCGGGGCGCGCAGGAAGAAGGCCCGGUACGUUCGGCCCGGCCCGGCGGCUCCGGAGCGUGGCCGCUGGGGCCCCGCGGGCCUGCGGAGGCUGUUGCAGAGGCUGGCGGCCUGGAGGCGGCGCUACCUGCGGUGCGGGGAGCGGUCGGAGAGGCUGGAGGAGAUCCCGCUGCUGGCGCUCGGGCGCGCGCAGGAGGGCGAUUAGGCCGCGGCCUCCGGGAGCGCCGCCCCGGCCGGCUCCCUGCACCGAGAACUGUGGCCCAGGGCCUCGAUGCAGUACCAGAGCCGGAGGCCCCAGAUCCCUCGGCCAGGCCGCUGCGUGUUCUCUGGAGGUUGCUGCCUGGCUGGUUAUUGCUGA